AACUUAUCGGAAAUCUUGAUAAAAUAUAAUCGCUUAGGUACUUCCAAAAUGGGCACUAACGGAGGAUGCAAUAAGAGUUGCUAUACAGGAAGUACUGAAUAAUGAUAGCUACAAACGGAAUGCUCUUCGCAUGUCAAAGCUAAUGCAAAGAAAACCAUUUUCUGCAGAAGAACGUCUUGUUCAGUGGACCAACUUCGCUGUGCAAAAUGGUGCAUUAGAUGUUUUACACGUAGAAGGCUCUCGGAUGAAUGCUGUACUAUACUUUAAUAUCGAUGUGAUAGCUUUCAUUUUAUUGACUAUGUGCUUACUUUCUACUGGUGUUGCUAAGCUGUUAUUAGCCAUUAGACGAAGAUACAUAAUUGAAAAAAUGAAACAAAAUUAG